AUGCAGGAGCUUUAUGACACUGUCAGUAGAUACACUGGGCGCGGUACACCAUCUCAUUUUUCUGCUAGGGUUCAUCCCCGGAAGGCUGCGAGUCAAUUUGUGGGUUCCUCUAUUUUUCAUGGACGUCUAAACUCUUUUUGUGCUGCGUUGGUGGCUCGCUUUAUGGCUUCGAAUGAAGUACUUGUUGUUGUAUCGCGUGAUGCAGUUCAAAGUAUUUCCUGUGAUGGUUAUGCACUGCAGCCGAGAAGCUCAACGCCCGGACCCACUGCGGGGGAAAUAACAGGAGUUGUUACCUCUGAUGGUUUUACAACUGUUGGAUAUAGCGCCGGUGUGACUAGAUAUUCGCCUAGUCUUCAGCUAGAAAGAGAACUGUUGUUUGAUGGAUACUCGAAUAGCAUUUUGAGUAUUGCAGUUACACCUGAUGGCACAUGCAUAGCCACUGGUGGUGGAAAUGCAACAGUAACAGUGUGGACACGUGAUAUGAACCCUAUGCAUUAUCUUUCUGGUCACACGGAUUGGGUUCGUUUUGUUAAAUUUACAAAAGGAAAGAGUCAGAGAUUGGAAUUGUUUAGCACUGGAGAUGAUGGACUUAUUCUUCACUGGGAUCCAAUUGCUGGGGUGAUGCUUUCAAGAUUGGAUUAUUCACAUGGAGAAAGUGUUCACGCCUUUGAAGUUUCAUGGAGAACAGGUUUUAUGGCGAUAGCCUGCGAUAGCCCAGUAAUUACAUUAUAUAAACCACGAGAAAAUGGAAUGAUAAUGCCUUGCCACCCAGAGAUGAGCACAGUAGAAAAUAUUGGACAAAUAACCGAUGCCCACCGACUGGUUCCCACUGCAGUCAGGUUUUCUGAAGAUUCACAAUGGGUUAUUAGUGCUGGGGAAGACGAGACACUUGCUGUUUCUUCUGUUCGUAAGCUGAAAAGGGUUUUUGUAUGUACUGAGUUUAUCACAAGACGACAUUGCAUGGCCUUUAUGAAUACGUUUACUUCUCUCUGUAUACUCGCAUCUCCACCCGAAACAUCUGUACUAAUUAUUGCGGCAUGUGCGACGGAUGGAACGGUUGUUCAAUGGGUUGUUAAUCCGGCAACCUCAAGAUCUAGCUACACGAAAAAACUGCAGCUUCAUCUUGGGGCGCUUGUGGCUAUGGAUAUUAUGCGUGACGGCACUGGAUCCUAA